GAUGGGCUGGUGAGCUGCUCGGGUUUCCACCUGCGCCACACAGGCCUGUCCAUGGGUCCCCUGCAGGGGACAGCGAGGACAGCCUGUGGUGUGGCGCUGGAGGUGACAGGAGCCUGUGAGCCCAGCAGCCACCCACGUGGUGGAGUCGGAGCCUCUUCUCAUUGGUGCCACCUGCAGAGACAGGAAAGGAGCGCCUGGCCACUUAGAAGGACACCAGACAGUGAUACAGCGACCGGUAUAAAUGUCAGCAGGGAGGGCUGGAGGCAGCCAGGGAGGACAAAACACUGCGGGUCUGGAGGAGCCGCCUCCCGAGAUGGAGAAGUUCAAGGCUGCCAUGCUGCUGGGGAGUGUGGGUGAUGCGCUCGGCUACAGGAACGUCUGCGGGGAGAGCAGUGCUUUAGGCUCUGUCCAGGAGGAGCUGCAGAAGGCCGGAGGACUGGACCACCUCGUGCUGUCUCCAGGGAAGUGGCCAGUGAGUGACAACACCAUCAUGCACAUGGCGACUGCCAAGGCCCUCACCACAGACUACUGGUGCCUGGAUGACCUAUACCGCGAGAUGGUGAGGUGCUACGUAGAGACCGUUGAGAAGCUUCCAGAGCACAGGCCUGACCCUGCCACCGUGCAGGGCUGCUCACAGCUGAAGCCAGACAACUACCUGCUGGCCUGGCACACACCCUUCAGUGAAAAGGGCUCGGGGUUUGGAGCAGCCACCAAAGCCAUGUGCAUCGGCAUGCGGUACUGGAAGCCAGCGCGGCUGGAGACCCUAGUGGAGGUCAGCAUCGAGUGUGGCCGGAUGACCCACAACCACCCCACAGGCUUCCUCGGGUCCCUGUGCACAGCCCUGUUUGCGUCCUAUGCGGUGCAAGGAAAGCCACUGGUGCAGUGGGGGAGAGACAUGCUGAGGGCCAUCCCACUGGCUGAGGAGUACUGCAAGAGGACCAUCCGGCACGUGGCAGAGUACCAGGAACAUUGGUUUUACUUUGAAGCUAAAUGGCAGUUCUAUCUGGAGGAGAGAAAAAUCAGUGACGACACAGAAAACAGAGCUCACUUUCCUGACAACUACAGCAAUGCAGAGGAGUGGGACAAGACUUAUAAGAAGUGGAGCUCAGAAGGCCGAGGGGGACGCCGGGGCCAUGACGCACCCAUGAUCGCCUACGAUGCCCUCCUUGCAGCAGGGAACAGCUGGGCUGAGCUGUGCCUCCGGGCCAUGUUCCACAAAGGUGAGAGCGGCGCCACAGGGACGAUUGCUGGCUGCCUGUUUGGGCUGCUGCAUGGCCUGGACGCUGUCCCCCGGGGCCUGUACCAGGAGCUGGAGCACAGGGCCAGGCUGGAGGAGCUGGGCGCCACCCUGCACCACCUGUCCACGGAGGAGAAGUAAAGCGCAUGUGUGGCCCAAACGGGCGCCCUGGGGUACACACACACACACACACACACACACACACACACACACACGAACCUCCCCUGCCCUGGGGUGGGGAGGCAUUGCGCUGUAACCAUAUGUUAACGCCCCUUCUGAGCACCUCAUGCUAGAUGAAAUACGUUGUCCUAUGAGAAUAUUUUUUCCUGACCUCAGAGGAGCCUAGAGCUUUUUUGAUUUUACUCUGGACCUGCUAAGCUUGCGCCUGCAAAUACAGCUUAAGAGUCAUCUCGUGGAUGGUGGUGUAUCUUAUUCUGUUGCUAGACUAGUGACUGCUACCUGUUCUCACUCCAACAAUGCUGACUGCAGUGCUGCCUCCGAGCACCUGCUCACUCCACCUCCUCUUUGUGGGUCUGGAAAGCUGACGCAUCUGCUACCCCCUAACGUUGGACGCCUGUCCACAUGCGGAGAUUCCCACCCCACCUGCCUUUGGGCAGCAGGCUUUUAGCUGCGCUACAGCGCUGGAACCAGCCUGGGAAAAACUCUUGGAGAAGGCCCGGAACAAAGGUCUCCUGGCACUGCCUCCCUGUCCCCUUGGUCCUCGUGUCAC